AUGACCGAAAUGCUUAAUAGAAUUUAUGCUAACGAAUCACUUUCACUUCGUUCUGCUUUGCUCGUGAAACUAAUUGAUGAGAAAAUAUCUAUCACUUGGCAGCUCACUCUUCGUGCACAGAUCCUUAACUCUGAUGGUCCGAUUCUGGACGCACUUUUUUGUGCCACCUCAGCGGCAUUAUUCGAUGUUCGCUUACCAUCCGUCAUUCUGAGGCAUGCCAAAGACGAUGAGUCUCCUAUUCGCCAGGAAGAGAUAUCAGUUCUUCGUGAAGUAAGCCGCUGUUCGUCAUCAUCCUACGAGCUUUCAGUUUAUGACCAAGCUCGCCCAGGGGGUAGCACCGCUACUACGUGA